AUAUAUAGAUAUUUGCUUUUUGUAUGCGUUUAUUUUGUACAAAUGUGUUUAUCUAAUAGAAAAAAUAGGACAUUGAUUUGUGCAAAAAAGCUGAACAGUUUUAAUUCAAUCAACUUCAAUCAACAACAAUGAAUUCAUUGCUGCAGAUUUGCAGCCUUUGCCUUACUGGCAGAACUCCAUCAUCACUUCCUGUGUUCACAAACGACACUUUCCAUCACAUCAGAGGCAGAUGACUAACUAAAUAUAAAGGUAGGAUUUAUGACUUAUUUUGCAGUAUUUUGGUGAGAUCCUGCAGAGUUGACUGUAGUGUGUAAGUGGCUGAGUCAAAGAUGUAUCUGAUCCACUAUAUGAUGGGAUGGAUAGCGUUAACAGUCCUGAACAUGUUCUUCCUACCUGUGUGGAGUGAAUUAAAAGUGAGCCAGCCCUACAAGGUGAUGGCCGUCAAUGGUACAGCGAAGGUCCAGUGCCUCAUUGACCCUCAACCUUCCUACAACGACGUUUAUUCCUCUGCCAACCAAAACUUCAAAUACCCUUACCCUAAUCCACAGGAAAUCAGAGUAACUCUGAUAAAGGGCCUCCACAGCUCCCAUAGGUUUUGCUCCAACACUCUUAACUUCACAGAUCACAGAUGGGUUGACAUGGCAAAGCAUGGACAGUGCUCUGCUGUGGUCACUGAGGAUGGUCUUGAGUUGACAGUCUCUGGACUCCAGGCCAUACACACAGAUUUGUAUCGCUGUAAGAUUGAGGUCAUGUAUCCACCACCAUACUUAAGGCUCACUGGCAAUGCAACACUCAUUCACGUCUUAGAAAGCCCAGAGUGUCCUGCUCAGGAACAGCAAGGACACAUGCUUCACCUGAGGGAUAAGGAAGAUGGAGAUAUAGAUCAAGAGUUCCAAGUCGGCCCUCCUGUGGUUGUACUGGCAACACUGGUCAUGUUUGUUCUCAUCGUCAUCAUCUUCAUCCAGGCAAUCCAGUGUCAGCAACAGAGGAGAUAUGCUCUUGGAACUAGCUCCAAUAGAUACUGUUAAAACAUCGAAAGCAGGAAGACCAAUGUGAUCAUUUAAGCAUCCAUGCCUGUGGUAUUUGUGUACAAAAAAUAAUGUUUACAUUGUUGUAAACUAUAAAUGUGAUACUGCAAUGUUAAAUCAAUAUUUAUGUUAAAUAUUUGAUUAAAGCUAUGGUUUGUUAUGAUAAAAAGGCUUUUAUAUUCUUAGAAGUGGAUUUUUUUCUCCAUGUUACUGUUUCAAUCUAAAUAUAUUUAUAUAUUGAUUUUGAAACAUUAAAAACGAGUCUUAAUAUUCUAUAACAAAAAACAAUAACACCAAAACAAUAUUUACUGUGCAAAACUAUGGACACCUGAAGAACAGAUUCAGAUGUUGUUUUAUUUUUUUAAAACAACCUUAAGACAAGACCAACCACUAACAAUUUAAGUAUUAACUAGACAAACUGCUUAAAUAUGAAAUACAAACAGCCCUCAGCAAAGGGAAGAAGUUCAAAUCUCAAUUAAUGAAUCAAUCAAUAAAGGAAAAGUCUUUCUUCAAUUGUUUUCAAUCUAGGCAAUAUCAAGACCGCCACUAGAUGUUGCAGUUUGACAACAUUCUUUUUGAGCAUGAAAAUCAAAGAUGUCAAUGAAGUACAACAAAUAAAACAUAAAACAACACCUUUUCUCUAA